AUGGUUGAGAAGCAACAUAGCCAGUUAAUGGAGAUAACUUCUCAAGUGAAGAAAGAAGUGGGACAUCGGAGGCAGCAGUAUCAGGGGGACAGACUGAAAUGUGUCAAUCCUACUGAGAAGGCCAAGCAGAGGGAGAAAAAUCCUUGUCUAGUCAGAGAACAUGUUCCUGAACUCAAGGAGAAGCAGCUGGAGGAACUGAAAAUCACUGGGUCUCCAAUCAAGCUUGCAACAGUGGUGACAUGGAAAGCUGCGAUUCCACAACUGGUGUCCAUAGAGGGAGCUUGA